UGAGCUCGCACGCCUUUCUGUGUAGGAAAAAUGUAGUUUUCAGGGUAGGUCUACAGGUAGAAAGAUAGACCGCCACCAAGCCGACGGGGGAGGAAGGCGGAAGUCAGGAUUCACAGGUGCACUACAGCUGCGUUUAUGAACAAUAUUGACAGAACAUUUGAUCUUUGGAGGAAGCAUGCUGUGCGCCGCUGCUCUGCGGAACCUGCGGAGCUUCACUUCACCUGUGCGGUGCUGUUUGCGGUCCAUAGUCACUUAUGUUCAGGGCCAGAGCCCCGAACCUCGCAUCCGUGAAUACUUUUAUUAUAUUGACCACCAAGGACAGCUGUUCCUUGAUGACACGAAAGUGAAGAACUUUGUGACUUGCUUUAAAGACCAGAAGUUCUUGGUGUUCUUCUUCAGCCGCCUGCGUAGCAACCAGGGCGGCCGCUACAGUGAACACUUCCCCUUCCUGUCGCUGUGCGGACGCGAGAGGAACUUUGUGCGCUGCGACGACCGGCCCCUGGUCUUCACACACCUGCUGCCGCCCCCGACGGAGGAGCUGCCCCCGGGGCCGGGCCCCGGUGUGCUGUCGUACUGCGGGGGAGGUGAGCAGCUCAGCGCACCGUUCCGCCCGGAGGCCCUCUACAUGCACCCGGCCAGUGGACGCGUCUAUCACCCCUGUCCGGAGCUGGCUGGAGGGGUGGGCCUGGUUCGGUCGGCCCUGGCUAUCGAGCUCAGCCCCUUCUUCCUCUACGAGCAGCAGGGCCAAGAGGAGCAGCCGACGCACUUCCUGUGGGCGGGGGGUCGGCACGUACUGACCAAUGAGCUGGCCAUGUUCUUCCCCAGGGAGGAGGGGCAGAGCAGCGGGUGAUGAAGCAGAAACAAAAAGAAUACUAUGAAUAUGUUAUUUAUUUGAAAGUGGAAUGGACACCGCUCUGGUUUAGAACUUGGUCGUGACAGAAGUGUCUCUUCUGAAGCAAAGGAAACUAAAGAAACUGCAGCCAACAUGUCUGCCAUUGAUUUCAACAUCUACUGAAUAAAUAUGUAUUUAGUGAGGUCUAGUAUCUUCUAGAACCUGAUGUGGUGUCAGCAUUGCCCCAAGGAACGCUUGGCAUCAUGUAUUGACAUUAUGCAAAGUGGUUUGGUAAAAUGAGGCUGAAUAUUACAAAGUUUAGUCUUCAUGAUGCACUAUAUAGCCUAAGGUAACUUUGGAAAUAGGGAGUUUGCAGUUGGUUCAUUAAUAUAAAGUAUUACACCAGUACAUUUCGCAAAGCAUGUCACUGACAGUCACGUGAAAAGCAUAUUAUUCAAUGACACGUGUGACUGACAUUGAACCUGUGCCUACAAUAAAAGUAGCUUCUUGAUAAAAUGUCACUAAAA